UUAACAUGGCAGGGCGGCAUCAGAAUCGUAGUUUUCCUCUUCUAGGAGUUCAGUCAAGUAGUCAAGUACAUGCAUUUGGAAACUGUACAGAUAGUGAUGUAUUAGAGGAGGAUGCUGAAGUGUAUGAACUUCGAUCCAGAGGAAAGGAGAAAGUCCGAAGAAGUACAUCAAGAGAUAAACUCGAUGACAUUGUACUAUUAACAAAAGAUAUACAGGAAGGAGAUACUUUAAAUGCAAUAGCCCUUCAGUACUGUUGUACGGUAGCAGAUAUCAAGAGGGUUAACAAUCUCAUCAGCGAUCAAGAUUUUUUUGCCCUGAGGUCUAUCAAAAUACCAGUAAAAAAGUUCAGUUCACUGACUGAAACACUUUAUCCUCCAAAAGGAAGACAAACUUCACGUCCUUCAUCUGUUCCAUUCACUCCAGAACAGGAAAUUUUACCAGCUAGUGAUUCUUUUUCUUCCAGUGAGUCAGCUGGUAGCUUUUUAAAAGAAGUAGACCGAGACAUAGAACAAAUAGUAAAGUGUACAGACACCACGAGAGAGAACCUCGAUGAGGUAGUGUCUGCCUUAACAGCACAACAAACACGAUUUGAACCUGAUAACAGAAACACUCAACGUAAGGAUCCCUACUAUGGAGCAGACUGGGGAAUAGGGUGGUGGACAGCUGUAGUGAUCAUGUUGAUAGUAGGUAUAAUAACGCCAGUAUUUUAUUUGCUGUAUUAUGAAAUUUUAGCUAAAGUGGAUGUUAGUCACCAUUCAACAGUGGAUUCUUCACAUUUGCAUUCAGGAAUCACUCCCUCAUCACAGCAGAGAGAAAUGGAAAAUGGAAUUGCUCCAACUAAAGGAAUACACUUUGGCCAACAAGAUGAUCAUAAACUAUACAGUCAAGAUUCUCAGUCACCUGUUGUCGAACAUAAAACAUAGCAGUUAGCCAUAAUCACAGUGUUACCGAUCACACGUACAUCUGGGAUAUGCUGAGUCAGUUAUAUUAAAUAACCACUUCAAAGGCAGGACUUAGGUAGAGUGAAGAAUUUUUUUCAACUUUAAAAAUAAAAAAAUUGAGCCAUUUAUAAGUGGAGUUGCUAGUUGAUGUUGAGAGCAAUCCAUAAAUCUGUUGUUGGCACUUAAAGCAGAAAUGAAUUUAAAUGUGUUUAGAAGGCUCUUCUUGGAUCUUUUUUCUUACCCAAGGCUACUUAUGUAUAAAUCUUAUUUUUUAAAGAUAUUUUUGGUUUAAGGUUAUUAAUGUUAAAUUUAUGAAGCGGCAUAAUGAUAGCGACUGGAGAUUUUCUACUGUAAACCACCAAAAUACCUGGCUGUAACAAAGUUUGAUCCUAAAUUAUUUAUGAUACUUAAUACUCUGUUUUGAAACUUAAGACAGUACAUGUACUAUGAAAGCAUAAGUAGAAAGAGAGGUGGGGAUAUAAUGUGUCCUUCCUGUGAUAAGGUUAAGAAGUACAUCAAAUAUUUUUAAGCCCCCAAAAUAAUGUGUUAUGGUGAGAGUGUUGCCAUGUGGUCACGAAGAUAGAUCAAGACCUAGAAGUAAUUUUUUCUCUCUUAAUGCAGUAAGUCAGAGCCCUUUACUUCACCUCCACUUCUGUUAUUAAGAUGUUAUUUUUGCCUUGAUAUUUAAAAGCACUUUUGUAGUUCUUUGAUAAGUAUUACACAUGUAAUAAUCCCUUAUAUACUGUGAGAAAUCAUUGCUGUGUGACAUGGUAGCAUGCCUUAAUUACAUCGAAUGCCUUAUGAUACUAAUUUAAGUAAAUUAAUGUAAGUUUAGACUUAAAAUGAAAUAUUAUUUCAGAUGGACCAGUCAGAUUCAUUACAUAAGUCAGAUAAAUUUGUAUCUACUUUCAUUCUCAACCACAAGUUAAUAGGAUCAAAACAUCUUUAUUGUCUGCCUCUGAGGUCUGUUUCAUGAAAUGGUUUGUUAAGCAAAAACAAGAGUGAAGAAGCCUUCUGCAUUAGGGGUAGCACAAGAAUUAGCGUUUUCUCUUAACUUCUGUUGUUCAAAGAGAAAAUGUCCAACUAGCCGCCUUUUUUCCCUAAACUGUAACAUCAGAUUGGAGAACAGGUGCAAAGUGUAGGUUUGAUUAAAGGGCUUGAUAGUGUCAAUUUUUAAGAUCUGGUAUGGAUCAGCUACAGUCUGGCUAAGAAGUAUUUGUAUACUGAUUUCAUCGUGUAGUUUGUUAAAGUAUGUUUUUAAAAGUGUAACCAAAAUGAUUCAGCAGAAGUGAGAUUUGGUGGAGUCUGGAUUGCUUGUUUUAUGUAUAUUAAAAAGUAUACUUUAAUAUAUAUAGACUAUCACCUCAUUUUCUGGGCAUUAUUUCCUAAUAUAUGAUGUGUCAGCUUUUGGGUCAAUUAUAUCUCAGAUUCCAAUCUUAACAAAAAGGGGCAUGAAUAUUUACAGUAGGUGGGGCUUUAUGUACUGUAAGGAGAAAAGCAUCUUAAAAAGACAGGACAAAGAAGUUAAAACAUCCAAGCCCUUUCUUAAGUUAGAGGACCUUAGGCAGUUACCAAAAGGCUUUUAAUAGGGAAUCGUAGCAAAUUGAUUCUUCAAAUAUCUUUUCUUUAAACAUUUAAAAAAUUGUUUUAUUGUGUCUUGUGUAUCUUGAGAAGAGAAACAUCUUCUGAAUUUAUAUUCAGUGUUACUUCAUCUAUUUACAUUGUAUUAAGCCUGCUGAAAAAUCAAGUUUAGGGAACAAAUGAUAAAUUAGAGUAGAACAGGCUAGAUGUCUUUGAAGAACUUUAUUUACAUCCAACUGUUAGUGAUUCCUUACUAGUUCUACUUUGAAAGUGUGGUGGAAUGGUCUGAUUUUCAGAGUAAGUCAUUUAUUUUUAAAGUAAUGAGUUGUACUGUGUGCUUACUGAUUAAAAAUCACCUCUGCCUUGCAGAAUACCCUUUUUAAAGGAAAUGUGUAUCUUUAUGACACAAUCAGGCAGUUUUUUCAUAUAUUUGAAUUAGAUGAAUAUAAUUUAAAUUAUACAUGAUUCUGUAUGUUCUAUAUACAAUUAGAUGUUAUUUCUAAAAGAGAAAAUUCCCUAAGCCCUUAAUAGAUUCAGAAUAAUCUUAGCCAUUAAAAAGUACUAGUAUACAUAAAAUUACAGCAAAUGCAAGUUACUUUGUGUAAGUAACAGUUAUUUGAUAAUAUGGGCUUUAAUAGGUUUGAAACCAUAUUUGAAUUUACCUCGAGGUAAGUUUGUAUGUACACAAAUUAAAACCAACUAAAUUAAAUCAUUGUAUAAUAUUUGGUUUGCUUAAAAAUUUGGAGUUUCAAGUGAAGAAAAAUCUGAUUAUUUUUAGGGCAGAUCCUGUUUUGAAGUCUGAGUAAACAUGGUUAAGA